GUCUAGUGCUGCACAGUUUACCGCAAAAUCCUGCUCAUAUUGCGAUAAAGUCAGAUAUACUGUUGUCAGUUGUAUUUAGCAUUUUAACUGUGCUGCGUUUAUAGUAAAUAUCAAAGUAAUCGCGUAAUCAACACAGUGCUAGUUUUCUGGGCGUUUGAAAUCGGACACCGCUAUAACGUCUCCCCUCAGCGCGGAGGGAUACACUGUUGGGGCUGACAAUGUGGACGGUGCUAAAAUGUCUCCUCGGAAGAUGAGAUGUUACAUUUGUAGCGCUCAAAAGAAUUAGAAUAGAACUUUAAGCAGAGUUGUAUUUGAGCACAGUUACAUUGUAACAACUCUUGACACGGACUGUUCGCGUUUCCCGGGAAAUACGACCCGUUUUGCACCGUGUUUUUGCGGGACCUGAGACACGGAGGGGGGAAAUUUUGUCCCCCAACUUUUCUGUUUUUCCUCUCAGGCUGAAGCGCGUUUCUCUCCCGCUGGAUGCCGCGCGCGUGACGGGAGAAACGGAUCAUAAACCUGUUUGAGCUGAGAGAGAGAGACGUCGAGCAAGAGACGCAGAUCAAGAACACGCAGGAUCAGGAUGGCCACGGUGGGAACCGACAUGGAGCUAAACGACUUGUUGGAUUUCAGUAUUAUGUUCCCUCAUCAGGUGCCAAACGGGAAGAACAGAGGCCCACCUUUACCCAGCAGUCAGUUCGGUAUAGAUGAAAGAAGUGGCUCCGGCGCUUGGGGUCCAGGAGAAGCGAACAGUCCCUCGUUCGGCGCACGGCUGUAUGGAGAUGGACAUCACUACCCUGAGCAUGACGGCAUGUACAACUUGGAGAUUGACGGGAAAUCUGAAAGAGGCUACCCUGUUACACAGCCGCAGCUCUUGCCAGGUGAUAUUAGCAUCCCAGGGUCCGAUGGACUUUCCCCGCCGGGCAUGAAAGUCUCUUCUCAGUUCUACAGCCCUCACCGCCGGAGGCCGGCCGACUCCAACAUAGAUCCGCUGCCCAAAAAGAUCCGGAAGGUUCCUCAUGGACUGCCGACGUCCAUUUCUUCGGCUUAUCCAGGCUCCACCGGUGAGGACUAUAACCAGGACAGCACCGGAUACCCCGGAUCUAAAGCUGGAAACCUUUAUCCAGGCUUUUUUAACAUGCAAGAUGGACUUCCGGAUCAUUGGGGUCAAUCUGGAUAUCCUCCUGUUAUGAGUAACUCGCCUCAUAUCGGUCAGCCGGCCCCCUUCUCCUCCAUAAACCCACAGAAGCGCCAGCCGUUGCCCCUGUCGCCGCAGAACUACCCUCUGCACGGGAGUGAGGUCAACAUACCCUCCAGCUUCCACUCCGCUUCUGCUGGAUACGGCGUUCCCAACCACACGCCGCCCAUAAACGGAAGCGACAGCAUCAUGGUAAAUCGAGGCGGAAAUGCAGGGAGCUCUGGCGCUGAGAUCGGAAAAGCUCUUGCUUCAAUAUAUCCCUCUGACAAUAACGGCAACAGCUUCUCCUCGACCCCUUCCACCCCCGUGGGCUCUCCUUCAAAUGUUGCUGCCUCUGCAUCUCAGUGGCCCAAAGGUUCUUCUCAGCCUGCUCCAUCGCCUGGAUUUGAGACAGGACUGCAGGCACCGAGUAAGAUGGAUGACCGUCUGGGUGAAGCGCUUCAUGUGUUGAGGAACCAUGCGGUAGGCACAGACAUGCACAGUUUACUGAGCGCAGCCGUCUCUGGACAUCCGGCUGGUGCAGCGGCCCUGGGCUCCCUCAGUCAGGCCUUCGGGCUCGUCAGCCGUCUGCCCGGCCUGAUGUCAAAUCUCAGUGAUGACGCAGCAGGUUUACCACAGUCCAGCGCUCUCCUGCAGGGACACCACGCCUCUCAUCAGGCUCCGCCCACUUCUCAGUCCGACGCCUUUACCAGUCUGUCUCUGCCUCGCUCCUCUCACUCCUCCAGCUCGGAUAUAAAGCGGGAAGAUAAGGAAGAUGAUGAGAACCUGUCUAUUGCGGAUAAAUCAGAGGAUGAGAAGAGAGACGGAAAAAGCUGUACGCGAUCGAGUCAAGACGACGAGGAUGACGAGGACUUGCCGGUGGAGGUGAAGGCGGAGCGGGAGAAAGAGCGGCGCGUGGCCAAUAACGCCCGUGAGCGUUUGCGCGUGCGCGACAUCAACGAGGCCUUCAAAGAGCUGGGCCGCAUGUGCCAGCUGCACCUGAGCAAUGAGAAACCUCAGACCAAACUGCUCAUCCUGCACCAGGCCGUAAACGUUAUUCUCAACCUGGAGCAGCAAGUGCGAGAGCGUAAUCUGAACCCGAAGGCCGCGUGUCUGAAGAGGAGAGAGGAGGAGAAGGUCACAGGAGACCCUCAGAUGUUGUCUGGUCUGGGUGGAGAUGGACACGGCCAUAUGUAACAUUCAGAUCCUGACGUAAGGAAUCUCUCCGUCGACGUGGCCUUAUCUUCCUGUUCUUGUUCCAGAGUCCACACACAUACACACAUUCUUGAUUUAUAUAUUAUAAACAGAUGUGUUGGAAGACUCACAUACACACAGUACACUUCCUGGGCCGCUCACACGGCUCACGAACACACACAAUCAUGGACCAUUGGUGGAAAUCACCCAUAAGAAACAGCGUUUGGAGGACCGGGACCGUCCUGCUGUUGAUGGAGUGAUGUAAGGAUUACAGUGUGCUGUUAUAUAGCACACACACGCACACCGACCCAUGAGCCUUUGCAUUCAACACAAGGUCAAGCUCCGCUGUGGGAACAGAUUCUUUUCUCUCUCUUUUUUAGAACAUGUAUUCAAGUUCAACUUACUUUUGUACCGUUUUGUGUUUAUGAUGUAGAAAGCAAAUGAAUGGCGACGCUGUUCAGUUUUGAUACACAAUGUUUUGGGAUCGCCACUCAUGCGUGAAUCCCACAAAACCUGUCGCAUUUCACCUCCAAAACCACAAGAUUUUUCUUUAAAAAAAAAUUAAGCCUGUUUUUAAGGACAUUAAGAUUUUUUUUUGUUGUUGUAUUCUCACAUUUUCACAACAAAUACAUUUGCCUCAAAUUCUCAUCAUUAUAAUGUAAAAAAAUUAUACCAAUGUAAACAAAAAUGAUAAAAAUAUCAGUUAAACAUA